AUGACAAAUCAAUUCACAAAUUUUUAUCUACUCAACACUGCGGAUUACCUUGGAGAUGCCUAUGUCGACCAUAUAAAGAGUUUUAGAAGAGCGUUAGGUGCCGAGUCAACGGUGUGUCAGCAAAGGGGCUCACCAGAAAAGAUACCCAUGGUAAACGCGCAAUUAGGAAUGACGGGACAACCGUUUUUCCGUAUGAGGCUCAUUCACGGUGAGUUGUCCGUUGAUCUUGUGAUAAAACAUGCAGAUCUUUAUGUGAUAGGGGUCAACAAGAUCAUUCAAGUUGAAAAUAAAGAAGGAGAGGUUGAAAAUGAAGAAAAAUUGCUUCUAUUAAGAGAAGGGUGUUCGCCUAUAUUUUUAAAGCUCGACCGCAAGUGUACGGCUUCGCUCGUAGUAUGUGGCAAGCAAGGGAGAACUAAUAUUGUGGAGGUAAACGGCGCUACUUUUAUCGACCAUAGUUCUAGGGAUUAUGGCUCCUUGCGUCAAAUUGGACGAGAGGACGCAUACUUGGGGGCGCAGACACUUUCCGAUUGUAUUGAGGUUUUUUCAGCAGUGCCGUUGAAAGAGUUGGAUAAAGACCGGAAGAUGAGGAAGAAGGUGGCAUAUAGCUUCUACAGGAUCUUAUUCAUUCUACCGGAAGCGAUGAGGUUUAACCCGAUCAUGGACUUUGUUGCCAAAACCACCUUAGAGGACGAAAAGGAGGUGCCAGGUUGGAUAUUGGAGUUAGUUAACAAGUGGUCCGACCUGUCCAAAAUUGCUCGGAAAUAUGAGGGUGCGGUUGAUGAUGAUGAGGUGAUUGAAGAGUUAGAAAGAUGUUUGAUAAAUGAGAUUGUACUUGAGGGCAACACGAUUCGGCUACAAACUAUGGGUCAGUUGCGAAGAGUUCUUGGGAUGCUGACUUACGAGUCGGAUGACGGUCCACCAGACUUGAAGAAAGGAAAGUCUCCUCAGAAAAAGAAGAACAAGUCCAAGGGCUAA